AUGGUCGACGUCAAGCCCGACACGGAAGAGCGCGAACGGCCUAGGACAUCGUCCUCUUCUUCCAACGUACGCAGACCCACCUCUGGUAGCCGCCCAUCAAGUGCGCACAGGCUGGAUACGGCCUCACUCGCGGCUGCAUUGCCCAACAACACCCAUCAGUCGUCCGGGAUCAGGUCGAGAAUAACAGUUUGCAAGCGCCUCAAGCUCAAGUGUGACCGUCGUGUACCGUGUGGCUCAUGCGUGAAGCGAGACACGACCAACCGAUGUCAAUACACAGCUGCUGCAUCGGAGAAGAUCGACGUGACUACGCUGCACAAUCGCCUAACACGGGUGGAAGACGAUCUUCGUGAGCUCCGGGCUGGGAGCUUCCGGCCGAGC